CCUGAAAUAAACGACUAGAGUAGGGGUCAAAUGAGGUUAUGCAUGACCUUGCCGCUAACGGGUUUGAUGAUGCAAUUGUCAGACUAACCAUGCCUUACAGUCUUUAUAGGUCAGUGCAUGCUAAAAUUAAAAACCGAACGGUUCAAGUAACGACGCCAUGUUGAAUUUGUUCGUUCUGAGAAUCUGAGCAUGGAUAAAGAAAUAAUUGAACAAAAUUUUAAAUUGUUGUUUACAAAUUAUGUUCGCGAGUAUUGCGGAGGGUCGCAAAACAGUUAUACAUUAUCUAUAGAAAAACGUGAUAGAAUAAUAAACUGCUUGAGAAACGCGAAAAACGAGCCAAGUGCUAGAUUCCGAUUCUGGGUGCGAGCUAAGGGAUAUCGAAUUGUCCAGUCUGCAGAUGGAGAGGAUAUUUUGGCUUUACCACCUAAAGGAAACGACCCGAAUGAUAAUCUGUUUAAAAGAGUUGCAACAAUCGAUGAAUUUUUUGACAUUAUUUAUUCUGCACAUUCUGAAAAUGGACACGUGGGCCAAGCUCAAACCUACAGGGCCAUCAAAGCCAUAUAUGCCUUGGUGCCUCGUGUCUUAAUUAUCAAGUUUAUUGAAAUGUGUCCACAAUGCUCCAAUACCCAUACCUACGCUACCAAACGAAGGAAUACAUCUGUACAGAACAACAUUAUCAGCCCAGACAAAUUGGCAGGAGCUUUUGCAGUGAUAAAGCGUGACCCAGAUGACAUUGAAGAAACAGCAUUUGUGGACUCAGAGGAGGCCUCUUCAAAUCAGCAGGAAGUAGCAAAUGCUUUGAGUGAGAUCUUGGCAGAGAAGUUGCCUGGAGCAGAGAUUGAAACAAUGGUUCAUAUUGAGACAGAGGAGGCUGGCACCAGCCAAGUGGUCUUGUUCCCUUGUCACCUGUGUAAGGCAGUUUUUAACAAAAAGAAAAUUCUGCAGAAGCACAUCAACAGCCAUCAGGACUUCAAGCCUGCUGUGCCUCUUCAGAAAGCAUCACCUAACUCAAAGAAGCGUAAAUUCAAUGUGGCUUUCCACACAGUCUAUCCUACCAAAACAAGGCGAGCAACUGUAGCAAGACGUAGAGUCAUUCUAGAUAUGGAUUCUAGCCCCACAGCAGCUCAGGCCAUAGUGCUGGCAGCAUCCAGACCUGACAUAGACCUGAUUGCCAUUAACUGUGUCGCUGGUAGAGUCUCUGUCCUUAAUGCAUGUGAGAAUGCCCUCAGAGUACUAAAGGCUUGUGGGCGUGAUGAUGUCCAGGUGUGCAGAGGUGCAGAAAAAUCUCUCCUUGGUUUGUGUGGAAGAGAUGAAAACUUACCCGGGCUGUCCUGGUCCAGAAAGAUUGAAGGCCAUGUACAGGCAGAACACUCUGUUUCAUCCCUUAUUCGAAGUGUGAAUGAAAAUCCAGGAGAGAUUUCACUAAUUUGUAUGGGUCCUCUCACCAAUCUAGCCCUUGCCUUGAGACUAGAUCCACUUGUAGCCAACCACCUGAAAGAGCUUUACAUUGUUGGAGGAAAUGUGGAAGCUCAAGGAGACAUAUCAGCCUGCGCUGAGCAAAAUUUUAUGUUUGACCCAGAGGCUGCUCACAUAGUGUUGCAAGAAAUAAGAAAUGCUCAUAUUCUGCCAUAUGAAAUUAGUCAGCGCCACUGCAUGCCAUUCGCAAAUUGUGUUUCCUGGUUAAACAACGGAACAGAGAUUUCCAGCUUUCUGUUUGAUUGCUUUACCUCUGAAGAACUGUCUUUACAAGCUAAGACAGGGAUGGUCAGCCCUGAAGUGUUUGCAGUGUCGAUGAUGAUUGACUCUACCAUUGUACUGGAAAAGGAUCAAGUUUUUGCGACAGUGGAGCUUAAGGGAGACUACACUCGCGGACAGAUGGUGGUGGACAAACGUGGCUUCCUGAACAAGCCUGCCAAUGUUUUCAUUGUGAAGAACAUGGACCUCGGCAAGACACAGGCAUUAUUUGGCUCUGUCUUCAGCAUGAUAGAGGAGUCAGAUUCUCUAACACUUACACCUAUCACCUUGGCUGGACCAGGGAAAGAUCAUGUUCCAAUACUUUUGAAGGAAAUUAAAAUUAAUGUUGUUUAACUGUUUAUCAUACAAUAUAUAGAUACAAAUGUUAUCUGGUAAUUGGGUAUAGCAGAUUGGCAAAGGACAUACUGUUCUCUGGCAUAGGUUAUGAAUAUAGGUUAACCCUAAGCCCAUCUAGUGGGUAUUAGACCUGUGUUUGGGUAUAGUGCACAUCUAGAUUAAUCUAGAUUAACUUAAUAGGUGGCCAUAGAAAAAGAACUACAUCUUCCUGAUAAUUCUUUCACAUACAUUUUAUUUACUGUUUUCUAGCGACUAUGUUUUAUAAAUAAUAAUGUAUCUUUGGUUUUCAUUUAACUAUUAAUUUACCAGAUACAAAAUAUGAAUUAUAUGGAAAAGGGAAUUAACUGUAAAAUACAUUAGGAACUGUUAAAACCUGAGUGAUUACUGUUAUCAUUUAACAAUAGUAUUAAUUAUUUUUCAAUGAAAUUAGUAAUAUCCAAUCUGUUUUUUUUUUUCUUAUUUUUUAUUGUUUUUAUUGUUUUGCUUUGAAGCUUUAAAAAAACAAUGUCUCAGGGAAGAAAAAAUUGGUUGUAAAUAUUAAAUAUAAGUAAAACUGUGUGUGAGUAUACAGAUUAACUUUGCUUUCAUCUUUUGAGCAUUAUUUCUAAUUCAUUUAUUUAAUCAAAUAUUGCUUUGUUGUAGUGAAAACUCAGAAUAUAGAUAAGUGCAACUAGUUCUAGCUGGGGAUUAGCUAAGUUUUUUGUGGUUAUAAUAUUAAACAUUUUUGGCUUACGACACCUUUUUAUAUGAAAAUGACCACACAUUUGACACCUUUUGUUUGAAACAUAAAAUGAAUCUCAUGUAAUUAUAUUUGCUCAAAACAUAUAUUUAUAGCACCUAAAGAUUUUAAUUCACAUUUUUUCCAUCUGAUAUUUUACUGUGCAUAAGUUUGGUUUAAAUACCUAACAGUAUUAGAACAAAGUUUAUCUAUUAUGUACUGUAAGCUUUUUAUAUUUUUUUAUGAAAAUAACAUAUUAGUAUAUAUAUUUUUUUAAUGUUUUAUAGCUUCAUUAAUCAACAUGGUUGUCAGUACUAAAAUCAUUAAUGUACUACUAAGUAUUAUUUAACAAUCAAAUUAUCACUGUUCAAUGUCUUUUGCUAUUUUAAUAUAAAACAACACAUAUCUAUGGCUAUAAAAGAAUUUUGAUAUUUUUUUACUUGUAGCCUACAGUUUUGAUGGUGAAUUUCUAAAAGUUUGUUCACUGAUUCAACUGUUCAUUAUUUAUUCUGUAAAGCACUAUUUGUCCAUUCAAGUUCUUUUUUUUUUUUUUUUUUCAUGUUUAGAGAUUAUAGAAAAACAGUUAUGCAUUUUUGUUUUGAAAUGCUAUUUAAAAAAAAAAGUUUCAUUAUUAAAUAACUAUGCAAUCUUUUAAUGGAGGAAUAGACAAACCACGGACCUAUAUAUUAUAUCUCGACUGGACAUGGAGAUCUUUUAACUCUACAAAAAAAUGUGACACAAUUUUUUUUAAAGUUGAAACAAGGCGUUGUUUUGUAAGUAGUUAUUUGAAUUAAAGUUUUUUUUCAACCCUAACCUAUGAAACAUGUAUAUUUAGAUUUAGUAAUUGAACAUCGAAAAAAGAGCACUCUCAUCUCAUAAUUAUCAUUUUGCAAUUUUUAGAUACAUAAUCUAAGAAGAUCUAGGUAAUCAAUCUACUUAAAUGUACAUAAGAUGACUAAAAUCAAUAGACAUGAAUUAUUUCGAUCUAGGAUUUUCGAAACAUUAUCUUAAUGGAAACUAACAGGAAAUGUCUUUAUCUCAUGAAUUUGCAUUAAUAUAUAUAGUUCUGUGAUUAAUAUAUAACAAUCUUUAUAUAUAUAGGUCUGUGAGUUGAUCAAUUGCUUGUGUCCGUUUUCCAGUCUAGAUAUAAUAUAUAUAGGUCUGUGAUACAAACAUUAUGAAAUACAUGUAGGCCUACUUGCCAGAUAAGACUAGCAUUAGACAUAUAUUUGUAUUUUGCAUUUGUACUAUAAAAUAAGAUAACUUGAUGUUCUUCAUAAGCUUUCAGAUUUGUAUAUUAAAUGUUAACUUUUUUGGACAUUCCAAAUGGCUGGCUGUAAAGCCUUGUAACUGUGAAUUGUUGUGCCAGUACAUCUAUAAAGUUUAAUUAAACUUUUUGAGCUAA